AUAAUUGCUUAUGAUGGUCUGUCACCGAGUGGUGAUGACAAGGAAGCCAUUAAGAAGUUGUUGGAUAAAUUGGUUGUCAUCAAACUAAAUGGGGGCUUGGGAACUAGUAUGGGAUGUGUUGGUGCAAAAAGUUUGAUUCCAGUUCGAAAUGAACUUACAUUUCUUGACCUGACUGUUCAUUUGAUUCAGGUAUUUGGAAACAUAUUCUAUGACAAAAUAACAACAUGUGUAUACUGUAGCUGUUAACCCUUUAAGUGGCAAUGCGCUCAGAUGUGCCCUACUUUAUUAUUUUACUCUGUCUAACACCAGACAAUUUUACUUGUCAGGGGGAGAGUGCUGCCACUCGAUGGGUUAAAGAUACAAGAAAGCUUCGGAUUGAUAGGAUUACAACUACAUGAAAAAUACAAGGACAACUUCGACAUUUUAAGUGAAGGUCCUUCGUCAGGAAAUUAGCAGAGGUUAGGAAAAUUACACAAGCUUUUAUACUAGCGAAUGUAUAAAAGUAGUAUAAAAUUAAGCCAUUAAAAGCUCAUUAAUUAUAAAGCUUGUGUAAUUUUCCCGACCUCCUACCCUGACACACACCAUCAGGGUUUUUUUCAGGAUUUUCUCUUGGGUCCGUUUUUGCAGAGAAGAUUGAGUUUAGCUGAACAGCUGGGGUGGCUGCACCAACAAGCGGAGAGGCUGACACCUGUACUCAGUAAAUGUAGUUGAGAUGGAAUGUGUUAUUUAAGCAGGGGCACUAAGGGACACUAUAAACUGGUUAAAGAUGGCGAAUGCAUAGUUUUUCUUGUGUUGAAAGAUGAAUUACAGCCAUUUUUUUCUUAAUUGUCGGGCUUCCAACUGAAAACUAAUUUCCACACGUCACAAUAUUUUAUAACUCAAACAACUUCAUUUUUACUGCACUGAAACUUUGGUGAGAAGAUUGAGUUUCAAAACUCAAUUCAAGAUUGAGUUUUUGUGGCCGUUUAACGGCCCUAAAAAAUUCCUGAAAAAAAAUCUGACCAUUUUAAAGUGACAGCUGCUGUUGCUUGAAAUCCUCAGCAUGGAAAUUCAUUUACUGUGGUUCUUAAUGUGAGCUAAGUCAUUAGACUUCUGCUUUUCAAUGUACUCACACCGUAAAUAACAUGUACAGUACUUAGCACCGUGCGACCUGUUUGUUGACAGAGAUGCCAUCCUUUAAAAUAUAAAAACAAUUAUAGUGCUAGUAACUAACAUGCACUAUGUACUGUUUAAUAAACGAGCAGGAGUGCUUUAUCAGAUAUAAAACACGAGAGCGCAGCUUAAGUGUUUUGUAUCUCAUAAAGCACAGACUGCGAGAAUUUUAAAUGGCUUUAAAAACGACCCAUUUAAAGAACUCAUUGGCGAAGUAAUUUUAAAAAUAAACGUCUAAGCCGAGAAAAUCAAAGCUAAAGUUUAUGUAAAUGAACAUGAUUUUUUAUCACAUAUAAAACCACCAACACGGCAGUGAUUCCUUUUGUAUUUUCAAUUAUUAAUGAGUUUUUUAAGCUUAAAUAUCCACUAUUAAAUAGGACUUGCAUUAUAAGGAUUGCUGUGGAUAUGGUUUAAUCCAUUGAGUGGCAGCACUUUCCCCUUGAUGAGUAAAAUUAGAAUAAAACAAUAAAGUAGGGUGCAUCAUGCAAGGAGACCUAAAGCAAUGACUGUUGCUGCACAAUGGGCUGCAAUGAUUUUUAUUGUGCCCCUAGCAGUGUGUUAUAAAACAUUUUGUGCUAUUUCUUUCAGAAUUUGAACAGAAAGUUUGGAUGCAAUGUCCCACUGGUUUUAAUGAACUCUUUCAACACUCAUGAGGAGACAAUGAAAUUAAUUAAGAAAUACGAAGUAUUUAAUGUCAGUAUACAUUGUUUUAAUCAAAGCUGUCAUCCAAGGAUAAAUAAAGAAUCCUUGCAACCUGUUGCCACCACGAUGCGGAAUGGAAAAGGCGAAUGGUAAGAUCUUUAAUUGGAAGUAGAUUUUUUUACAUGGGGGAGAUUAACUAAGCACUUUAUCAAUGAAACAUACACCAACUUAGAGCAGUUACAGAAUGUACGACUUUGUAUGGCAUUUUGAAGCAUUUGUCAACCCCUGGAUGGUAGUCAACCUGCCUUAACCCAUUGAGCGCGAGUGCUCUCCUUGAGUAAAAUUGUCUGGCAUUAGAAAGGGGAAAACGUACUGAGUUUAAUUAGACUCAUGGGCAGAUUAUCUGGUUUACCCAUUCAACACCAGUAUUCUCUCUUUGAGGAGUGAAAUUGUCUGGCAUUAGGCAGAGUAAAAUAAUAAAGUAAAGUAAAUUAUUUUAAGGAUUUAUUUGUUUGUGCAUGCAAGGGUGAACAUUUCCGAAGUUGUUCAAAGAAACAAAAUAAAUGAUUGCAGGUAAAGACUAAAUUUUGAUCUCGACAAGAAGAACAAAAUCCAUCACCGGCACAGCCAGAAAGAGCGUCUUAAAAAUGAGUAAAAGCGCAAAGUGUGGUUGCUAAAUGUUGUAAAAUGAAGAAAAUAUAGCCUGUGAAGUUUGCAAAUUUUGUAUAUAUUUGCAUUACGCGCGGUAAAAAUAAUCACUUUCGGCUAAAAAAUGGUUAUUUUACAAAUAUAUACAAUAUCUAGAUCAAAAUUUCGUCUGCAGUUUGAAUCAUGUAUUGCCCAUUGUCGUGGAUAUUGAGGCGUUGUUUUGUGAAAUAUUUGACAUUUACCGAGAGUGAAAUGUUGUAUUGUAACCUUGCAGGUGGUACCCACCAGGCCAUGGUGACACAUAUCAAUCUUUUUACAAUUCUGGUUUGCUGGAUAAAUUUCUCUCCCAAGGAAAAGAAAUUGUUUUUAUUUCCAAUAUUGAUAAUCUAGGCGCGACCGUUGAUCUGAGUAUCCUUUGUAUAAGAGAUUUAUACAUCUGGGCACGUACCUGUGUAUGAUGCUUAACUGAGCAGUGAGUUUGUACAACAUCAGAUUAAAUUGAUGUAAAAACUAGAAAGAUCUGUGUCAGUGUAGGUUGUGGCAAUAAUAAGCAAGCUUCGGAUUGAUAGGGAUACAAAUACAUGAAAAACACAAGGAGAACUUGAAAGAUCUGUGUCAGUGUAGGUUGUGGCAAUAAUAAGAAAGUUUCAGAUGGAUAUGGAUACAAAUACAUGAAAAAUACAAGGAGAACUUGAAAGAUCUGUGUCAGUGUAGGUUGUGGCAAUAAUAAGCAAGCUUCGGAUUGAUAGGGAUACAAAUACAUGAAAAAUACAAGGAGAACUUGAAACAUCUGUGUCAGUGUAGGUAGUGGCAAUAAUAAGAAAGCUUCGGAUGGAUAGGGAUACAACUACAUGAAAAAUACAAGGAGAACUUGAAACAUCUGUGUCAGUGUAGGUAGUGGCAAUAAUAAGAAAGCUUCGGAUGGAUAGGGAUACAACUACAUGAAAAAUACAAGGAGAACUUGAAACAUCUGUGUCAGUGUAGGUAGUGGCAAUAAUAAGAAAGCUUCGGUUGGAUAGGGAAACAAAUACAUGAAAAAUACAAGUCGGGGCUUUCUGUGGCGCGAUAGUCAGAGCAAGCGCCUUUCACCUCUGAGAUCGUCGGUUGGAUUCUCGCUACGGACUCAUGUGAAAAGAGUGAGUCAACGCUCUGCCGAAAGUCGUGGAUUUUCUCCGGUUUCCUCCCACAGGGAAAGUUGACAGGGUGGGUUGGGAUUAUCCCCCUAACUGACCCUUCCACCGUAGCUGUGCUCCGUGAUCAGACAUGAGUCAUAAAGUGGAUGCAAUAGGCGUCCUUAGAAAACCUUCAACUCGAUCAGGUUGAGCUGCGUCCCUCGUAAUUCAGUUUAGCUCUCAGCUGCAAGUAAGGAUGAUUAGCACACCUCACUUACUUUCUUGCUUGUGUAAUUUUCCCUACCCCUGUUUACUAACUUCCCUACGAAGGACCUUCUCUCGAAACUUCUUUCAGGUAGUUGCAUCACUAUCAAUCCAAAGCUUUCUUAAGGUAGCUCACAUUGAAGAAUGUGUACUAACUCUGUUAUUUACUAAUUGCUGUGUUCAUUACUUGACAAGAUCAACCCACCAAGAUGUGAAGGUUUGUCAAACAUUCUCUUGUUAACCACUCAUCUCCUGAUGUGAAGGUUUGUCAAACAUUCUCUUGUUAACCACUCAUCUCCUGAUGUGAAGGUUUGUCAAACAUUCUCUUAUAAACCACUCAUCUCCUGAUGUGAAGGUUUGUCAAACAUUCUCUUAUAAACCACUCAUCUCCUGAUGUGAAGGUUUGUCAAACAUUCUCUUAUAAACCACUCAUCUCCUGAUGUGAAGGUUUGUCAAACAUUCUCUUGUUAACCACUCAUCUCCUGAUGUGAAGGUUUGUCAAACAUUCUCUUGUUAACCACUCAUCUCCUGAUGUGAAGGUUUGUCAAACAUUCUCUUGUUAACCACUCAUCUCCUGAUGUGAAGGUUUGUCAAACAUUCUCUUGUUAACCACUCAUCUCCUGAUGUGAAGGUUUGUCAAACAUUCUCUUAUAAACCACUCAUCUCCUGAUGUGAAGGUUUGUCAAACAUUCUCUUGUUAACCACUCAUCUCCUGAUGUGAAGGUUUGUCAAACAUUCUCAUUCUCUUGUUAACCACUCAUCUCCUGAUGUGAAGGUUUGUCAAACAUUCUCUUGUUAACCACUCAUCUCCUGAUGUGAAGGUUUGUCAAACAUUCUCUUGUUAACCACUCAUCUCCUGAUGUGAAGGUUUGUCAAACAUUCUCUUAUAAACCACUCAUCUCCUGAUGUGAAGGUUUGUCAAACAUUCUCUUGUUAACCACUCAUCUCCUGAUGUGAAGGUUUGUCAAACAUUCUCUUGUUAACCACUCAUCUCCUGAUGUGAAGGUUUGUCAAACAUUCUCUUAUAAACCACUCAUCUCCUGAUGUGAAGGUUUGUCAAACAUUCUCUUGUUAACCACUCAUCUCCUGAUGUGAAGGUUUGUCAAACAUUCUCUUGUUAACCACUCAUCUCUACAGUUGUUGAAACACUUGAUCGACUUUCUUUGCUAGGGUGGAACCUUGAUUGAAUAUGAAAACAACACUUGACUUUCUUUGCUAGGGUGGAACCUUGAUUGAAUAUGAAAACAACACUUGACUUUCUUUGCUAGGGUGGAACCUUGAUUGAAUAUGAAAACAACACUUGACUUUCUUUGCUAGGGUGGAACCUUGAUUGAAUAUGAAAACAAAGUUCGAUUACUGGAAAUUGCUCAAGUUCCAAAACACCAUGUAUGCUUUUAUUUUCUCACAUUAUGCUUUAAAUCAUGUUUAAUAGUUGCUCUGUAGCUUAGGUUUACUGCUAAUUUUCAUUAUUUAUGUUUGCUUUAAUUGGCGUUCAAUUUAAUUAGUGUUCGCUGUAAUUAGCGUUUGGUUUAAUUAGAGUUCGAUUUAAUUAGCGUUUGCUUUAAUUAGAGUUCGAUUUAAUUAGCGUUUGCUUUAAUUAGAGUUCGAUUUAAUUAGCGUUUGGUUUAAUUAGAGUUCGAUUUAAUUAGCGUUUGCUUUAAUUAGAGUUCGAUUUAAUUAGCGUUUGCUUUAAUUAGAGUUCGAUUUAAUUAGCGUUUGCUUUAAUUAGAGUUCGAUUUAAUUAGCGUUUGCUUUAAUUAGAGUUCGAUUUAAUUAGCGUUUGCUUUAAUUAGCGUUUGAUUUAAUUAGCGUUUGCUUUAAUUAGCGUUUGCUUUAGUUAGAGUUCGAUUUAAUUAGCGUUCGAUUUAAUUAGCGUUCGAUUUAAUUAGCGUUCGAUAUAAUUAACGUUCAAUUUAAUUAGCGUUCGCUUUAAUUAGCGUUCGCUUUAUUAGCAUUAAUAUUUAUUUUCUAUCCAGGUGGAUGAAUUUAAAUCCGUUUCCAAAUUCAGGUAAGAAACUGCGCUCAGAAAGUUUCGAAAUUCAGGUAAGAAACUGCGCUCAGAAAGUUUAGAAAUUCAGGUAAGAAACUGCGCUCAGAAACUUUAGAAAUUCAGGUAACCACAGAUCAAUCAAGAUCUUGCAAAAACUACAUUGACUUGGUUUGUUUUAGGAUAUUCAACACGAACAACUUGUGGGUAAGGUUGGCUGCAAUCAAACGUUUACUCGAUGCAAAGAAAAUGCACAUGGAAGUGAUUGUCAACAACAAGGUAAAUAUAAUGAUAUUGAAUACAAAGACUGUUACAACCAUGUUCUGCCCCUGAAAAUUUUGAAAAUUGGUGUCGCAGACUGCCAAAAACGCAUCGCCAUACAACAUGUGUUACAUCUUUUUUUUUCUGUGUUGGUGUAAUGCACUCAGGUGAAUAUGAUGCUUGUGAUAUUACUCUGAGUGUAUAUGACCUCGUAGCUCAGUUGGCAGAGCAUUGGGCUAGUAUUCCAAAGGUCGUAGGUUCGAUUCCCACCGUGGACAGGCAUAUUUUUCAAGCUUGCCCAGGGUGGAUAUACACUCAUUUUAUACAUUUAUAAACUAUUGCACUAUUAAGAUGGAUGCACUUACAAUUGCAUUACUGAGGUAACAUUCUUUCUAUUGGUUAGAAUUUUUCUUUUGAACUUCUUAUAUCUAAUUCAUUACAAUUAUCUUUUUUUCUUUCUUGGGGAAAUAUUUGCCUGCGCAUGAUGUUGAUUUUCUUGCUGUUUUGCUCAUGUGUUCGAUCAUUUUUCAAUUCAGAAUCUUGAGAAUGGUUACAAUGUUAUACAGUUGGAGACAGCGGUUGGCGCUGCAAUCAAGAAUUUUGAUGGAGCACUAGGUAGGGUACAAGUGAAGUACACAUCAAUCUUUGGCUUGUUUUUGCAAUUGCCUUCAUCGAAUCUAAAAGAGAAAAGAAAAAUAGUUCUCAAUGUUUCAAGCUAAGGCCAUUUUACUAUUAAAGGCCGAUUUACACUAGACAACUUUUGCCUCAAACUGUCGCGUGCAACCUGCUUACAACUUGAGUUGUACUGUGUAAAUCAAGCACACAACUCAUUUACGUUGUCGUAGGUAAGUUGUGUGCUUGCUAAACUUUACAGAAUACAACUCGAGUUGUAAGCAGGUCACAUGCGACAGUUUUAGGCAGAAGUUGUGUACUGUAAAUUGGCCUUAAUGAUAAUUCGUGUUUCUUGCAGGAAUCAAUGUUCCCCGAAGCAGAUUUCUUCCAGUGAAGAAAACUUCAGAUCUUCUGUUAGUGAAGUCUAACCUGUACAUAACAAAUGAAGCUGGUGCUCUCAUGAUGAGUCCCAAACGACAGUUUGCAACGACACCUUUAAUACAGCUCAGUGGCCCCUACUUUUGGAAGGUAAACAGAAAUUAUUUUGUGGAAAACACUAUGUUUAUUGAUUUGUGAUCUAACAAGGUAAUGUGAUGAAGAUCCUGGCUAAUGGGUCGAAAACUUGGUGAAGUAAACAAAUGAUUCAAACGAAAUCAAAUCAACAAACCUGAAGGUAGUACAAGCGAGGACCUUGUUCGUGCACAUACAUGCCUCUUAUUUAUCAUCAACACUUCAUUAUACACCAUCCACUUUCACGUCUUGGAAACAUGACACGUACUUGCGACCAAAUUAUUUUAUUUAGGUGCACAGUUUCAUCGAGAGAUUUCAAACCAUUCCUGACAUCCUGGAGUUAGAUCAUCUCACAGUGUCUGGUGACGUCACAUUUGGGAAAGGUGUUACAUUAAAGGUCAGUGAAGUCGUAUAA